AGAGAGAGGGCAGAGCUGGUAGGCAGCUAUAUGAGGAAAUCUUCAAGACGUUGUCAUUACUAAAUUGAGCUUUGACUGAUUCAUCCACAGGAAAUAGCCAUGCAACAGUUGGUGUACCAAUCUCUGCUUCCCACUGGAAACAGAUACCUGCAGCAGAGAUGGGACAAAACCUCCUAUGAAAUGCACAGGAGAAAUGUGGUUUCAGCUAAAUCGACACUUGAUACAACUCCACCAACAUCAUAUGAACACCUUUCUAACAAGAUGAAGAAGAAAAAGCUUGAAGAGGAGCAGAUGAGCAAAAUACAAAGGGAAAACAACAUGCUGCUGGAGAAGAUAUCUCACAUCAUGAGAACCACUGGACGGAUAGAUAACCAGAAUGAUUAUGACCACAAGAGUUUGAGCAGAGAGAGACGAAAGCAGGAGCUGCGGCGCAUCACCCUGGACAAUCAGCUAAUCGUGCAGCGUCUCGCCCAGUGCCAGCCUCAUUACAGAGCCAAGGACUGGCACCACGACUGGCUCAGGACCUGCAAACUAAUGGAGAGCAUUGGAAUCUUCCCGAGAACAGCCCCUGACAAAAAGGCCUCCUCCACCAGCCAUCGCUCCCAGAGAGGGGGAUUCCAGUCAGACACGGAGCCCAGCCAGAGUAGCAGUGGCAGGGAUACUGAGGAGGAGAGUAGGCCUGAGGCACCAGAACCCAGUCCUCAAUGCCACUCACACACAAGUACCAAGGGGGAUGAAGAGAUGGAGCGUUCUUCCAAGGUGCAGGUCCAGGAAGAAAGAGGCAACCAGCAGGACACUGCUGCUGCUCCUGACAACUCUGGCAAAGAUUCCUCAACUGACACCCCCAACUCAGAGAGCACACCUAGUAGUCGAGAGUCACAGAUCACAUAGAGUGCAGAUGGGACUGGCUGAAAAGGGCUUUUUAUAUCAUGAUUAGAUUUUCUCUCAAUGUAAUGAAAGUCAAUUUGUGUGCUUUUGUACUGUGAUUUUAUACAGAUACAUUUUGUUUUCCUGGGUUACCCUACAGGGGAAUUCAAGA